AUGACCGGGGAGGUCUCGCCUCAGGUCCAGAGCCACCCAAUCAAGACGCCGGGCCGUGUACACAUGCAUGUCAUAACGGCACAGACGGUGUCGCGACCACGGGGCCUCUUGGUGCCAAGGGGGGACAACCAACAGCCAAGAGGGCAGCGGGCAACAGAGCCGGAGCCCCAGGAGACCACCACCACCACCACCACCACCACCACCAUCACCACCACCACCACUACCACCAUCGCGCACACUUUCGUCAAAGACCCGAAUCCAAAUGCUCUUUCCUGGAGGGUUGCACCGGGAGAGAAGUCCACAAUGUGGUCACCGCACGGCAAAGCGCAAGUGUGGUGCAGCAGAGUGAGCUAUGUGACACACCACAACCGCAGAAAACACACAAGUUAG